AUGGGUGAUAUGAAUGAAACCGGAUGGAGUGAUGUUCAUACCUGUGCAGCUAUGGGAUACACCAAGUCGAUAGAAAAGUUUGUGGAGAACGACAGGAGCCUGUUGGAGCAGGAGACGGCUGAUCAUCUUCGGCAGACGCCACUCCUAGUGGCCGUCAGCAGAGGCCAAAAGGAGGCGGUCAGCUGCCUCAUUCACCUGGGUGCCAAAGUGAAUGUCACCAACUCGCACAAUCAUGGAGUCAUUGAGAUCUGUGCACUCAAAGAAUUCAUCUUUCUCCUUCGAUACUUCAUAUCUCUAGACCUGCCAGAUCUCCCAGUGUGGCGGCAUUUGCUGCAGAUGCUGGGGUCUGAUGUUGACAAAGAGAUAGCAGCCGCUGGGAAAUGUCUGAAAGCAUUGACUCAGGAAUCCGACGAGUUAAAGUUGGCAUGGAUAUCAUUUUUAAACAAUGGGGGAGUACCUGCCAUAAUCAAAGUAGCCAGAAACAGUGUGCAAGAUCAUGUCAAAAUCCCAGCGCUGGAAACUCUUGUUAAUCUCAUUGAUAGGUCAGAAAUUCAGAAAGCACUUGUAACUUCGGGAGGCAUUCCAGCAUUUCUGGCUCUUCUGAAGUCCACAAACCUCCAGGUUGUACAGAUUUCUACUCAGAUUCUUAGAGAAUUGUCAAGGGUGCCAGAUUUCUGUGAAAAUUUAGUUCAAAAUCAAGCUAUUUCUCAUUUCCUGAAGGUUCUUCAUUCCACCCGUGACUCAGACAUCCUCGUGCCGGUCAUCGAGAGCCUGGGGAAUCUAGCACAAUCUUCCCAGAAGCUCCAGGCUACAGUUGGCAGUUUUCCAGGACUAGUAGCCUGCCUGGUGUCACUGUUCGACACCAACGGCCACCCAGCCCUUAUACUGGCCCUGACUCACGCUGUGUCUAAGAUUGUGGUGAAGGACAAGGGCAACCAGAGCGCUUUUGUUAAUGGAGGUGUGACGCGGCAAAUCGUCAAUGUUGUCAUGAUACAUUUGAGGCAUCGAGAAAUUCAGAUGCUGGAGAACGGCGCCAACCGCCUUCUGAUGCAGAUGCUGAAGAGAAGUAGGGCUGAGUUUUUACAAGAGAAAAUUGCCAUGGCUCUUUGGGCUUUGGCCGGAGACAGCUGUGAAACAAAGCGGGAGAUGGCUAACGACAUUGGUGUUCAAAUCUUGAUAGAAUUUGUGAACUCAAAAUCAAAAGAGCUUCACUUUAUAGGGUCGGAAGGAUUGGGUGUUCUAGCUCAGGGACCUCUCAGCCAACAGGAGGUUAUCGCCAGAGCUAACGGGGUCCAUCCUCUGGUCCAGCUGAUAAGGACAAGCCACGAGCACAUCGUUCUAAGUGUCAUUAGAGCUCUGAGGUACCUGUGUUUGGGAGUAGGGUACAUUCCUCACGAACAAAACCAGCAGACAGUCCUGCAGUCAGGUGGAGUUCCAAUCCUUGUAGCACUGCUGGCCCACUCAACAAAUGAAGUCAUUCGAGCAGAGGCAGCUUACACACUAGCAAGUGUUUCAUUAGGAUUCAAAGAGACUCUCGAUGAAAUAAAUCAAAACUUGGACUUCAGCUACGUGAGAAUACUAAAGAUGCUGUACUCCAGUCAACCACUAGUACAACUAACGGCUGGCUCUGCCUUGGCAUGUUUCGCAUACAACAGCCUACAUCAGCAGAGAGAGAUUGCCAUACAAGGAGGAGUCCGCUUGGAUUGUUUCCUUCCAUUUCUGAAGUCAGCUGAGGAGUUUUACAGAUGCCUUGCUGCAUAUCAGGUGGUGAUCCUGUCUAGAGUCAUUUCUGAUGAAAUACAAGCAUUGUCUUCAGCUACCGGCAUCAAACUGCUGGUUGACUUACUCAAAGAUUCCAAAUCUGAGGAGAUUCUGGCACUUGCCGCAGACUGUGUGGCACGCCUCAGUCACACAAGAGCAGGUGUGCCAGCAGCCAUCGUUGCUGUCAAUGCGGUUGACUACCUAAGUACACUGUUGCUGUCCAAGUCUGAGCAGGUCAGAGGUAAUGCUGCCAUCGCUCUGGGAUACUUGUCACAUGACCACAAAGCAGAGAGACUUAUCCUACACAGAUGCCGCAAUGAUCCGUACCUAAUGAAAGUGAUCAAGUUUUACACAAAACGUCUGCGCCUGGCCACUACAUUCACAGAGGGCUGGCAGCAUUACAGGAAAGUUGGGCUGCCUCCAAUUGGGGCAGGUAGACCAAGUCUUGUUCACAGUCGCUCACACAGAAACAACAACCAGCCACUGAUCACAAAUCUUCACUUGGAGGAAAAUGGGUCCAUUGCCCAAAGUGACUCUACGGUCAAUGAAGAGGGGGACUUGAUAUGUAGGUCAUCAAGAACAGAUACACCCUAG